UCCAGACCAGCGAGCGCACACUCGCAGGCAGUGCUCACUCCACUGCGGCCCCGCUCCGGCAGCGGCGACGGCGACGCCCAGCUCCCCAUGCCGCCGGCGCCGGCGCGAUGGCGGCGUGGGGGCCGCUCGCUCCCGCGCCUACUCCGGCAAGCCCUACUCGUGGCCGCCGUCUGCGCCUCCGCCUUCCUCCUCGUCCUCCUCCACUCCCAUGGCCCUAAACCCCACAAGCCCUCCUCGUCCCACACCCUCGCCUUCUCCGACGACCUCGGCCGAAUCGCCCCCUCGCCCCCCGCGACUCGGGAUCCAGAGGUUGUGGACGCGGCGGUCGGCGGGGGCGAGGGUGGGGCCACGUGCGCGACGGUGGAGAGGAUGGGUGAGGAGGCAGCCGGCCGGGGAUCGCCGGAGCAGGCCAGUCUGCGGGUCCGCGAGCUGAUCCGCCGCCACUUCGAGCUCCACGGAGCCGCAAGAGUGCGAACACUUCCUGCAUAUCAGUUCUGCAAACAAGGCUUUGUGUUGGGGAAAGCAUCUGAAGCUGGGUUUGGCAAUGAAAUGUACAAGAUCUUAACAGCAGCAGCCCUGAGUAUCAUGUUAAACCGGUCUCUGAUCAUCGGGCAAACCAGGGGAUCAUAUCCUUUUGGGGAGUACAUUUCUUAUACCAAUCAGACAUUUACUAUUCAUGAAAUCAAGCAUUUGUGGAGGAAACAUCGCUGUGCUAGAACCUACGGUAGAGAUCUGAAUAUGAGAGUAGACAAUUUUGAAAAUCCAUCCGAGACAAAUGUUCUAUGCAGUGACUGGAAUAACUGGAAGGAUCCAAUUAUCUGGUUUGAUGGCACAACAGAUGCUAUCGGGAUCCAAUUUUUUCUGAAGAAUGUUCACCCUGGGAUGAAAGCUGCUGCGUCAGCCCUUUUUGGAUUACCAGACUCAUUACAUGCCAGGCCUAAUACAUUUGGGGAACUCAUGCGAACUAUCGUAUCUCCCUCCUGGGCAGUCCAAGAAGCAGUUAACUGGGCUUUGAAGGCUGCCAAUCCAGAUAUUGUCUUGCACAUGCGCAUGAUGAUGAAUAGGCCAGUGCGAGCAAGAAAAGCUGCUGUUAAUUGUAUCAAAAGAGCUCUACAGAUUUGCCAUAUGAAGGGUACACCUCGAGUGGCAUUGAUCUCAGACACACCAUCAUUUGUUCGGGAGAUAAAGUCAGACAUCAAUGAGUUUGCAGAGGUGAUUUAUUUUGAUCACAAGUUGUUUGCCAAGCGUUCUGGUCUAGGAAUGUUUGGAAAUGAUAAGCCUUUGGAUUUUCGUUCAAGAGACUGGGGAUCAGCUCCAAGGUGGGCAGCAUUUGUAGAUUUCUUUCUAGCAUCACGUGCCAAAUAUGCAGUUGUCACUGGAGCACAUCGCCGUGUUGGAACGACCUACGCACAACUCAUUGCAGCAUUUGCUGCAGCUAACAGACAUGGUCAUGAGCCUUCAGGCACCAACUUCACGUUCUUAAGCAGCAUCCACAGUAACCUACUGGUCGACGGGCUCUCAACACAGGUUGGCUGGGGCCAUAUCUGGAACAGAUAUGCUGGGCCUUUAAGCUGUCCGCACCAGCUGCACCAAUGUUCCUUGACUCCGCUCCUCCCUCCUGCUUGGUGGGAUGGUCAGUGGCAAAGCCCCAUUCCAAGGGAUGUGAGGAGAAUAUUGGAGUAUGGCGUUCGGUUAUCAAACACAGGGGAGGUGGAUGAGAGACGUCUCAUGUCACACUGCAGGUCAAGAAAAGAUCAUGUGAAAAGGUACCAUGUUCUUCCACCAUACAAGAACUCAGCACGACCAUAGGAGGUCGAUGAGAAGCGCCUCAUGUCAUUCGUUUGGGGAGCUCAGUUUUGCAUUAACCACUUACAACAAGUGUAGGUUAGAAUUAAUGGUCAGGCUUUUAAAUUAGCCAUGUUGCUAAAUUUUGUGGUGUCUCAAAUGGCUCCAAUGUUGGUAAGCUAUUGAGUGGUGGUGUUCUGCUGGUAAACCUGCAUACCUGGAGGUCUCAUGUAGGAUGGUCAUGGGAGACAAUCGAGGCUCAGUAUCAUGCCUAUGUGACAUGAUCUGCAAGCAAAUUGUCAAAUGUAUCCGUCCUAUGCUCAGUAUCAUGCCUAUGUGACAUGGGGUGAUGCAUCAUUGCGAGAUUCUAAUGUAGGUUCUGCCUGUACGGAGCAAUGCCCAGUCUAGCACAGUUAUAAAACUCUCGACACCUCUUAUGUUGCUCCAGUU